CGACAUAAAUAAAAUUUUCUGCAUUCGUUUAAAAACUGAUAUUGUUAUUAGAUACAUAUAUAUAUACAUAAAUAUAAAUCAAAUAAGAAAAUGAUUUCUAUGGAUAUCAGUGAAUCAAGCAAUAUGCAAUCAGAUUUAGUGAAAAUACAAGACGGAGAGAAAGCCAUUAAUUCCAAUUUAGAAAACCUACUUUCCAAGCAGUCAAUUUUAGACUCCAAAAUGAAUGCAAUUUGUUAUUUCCUGGGUGCUCUUAACACAGUAAGCACAGACUCUAAAAAAUUAAGCUCACAAAUUUCUCAUACCUCCGAUUUAGCCGAAUCUGUUAGUGCUAAAGUACGUUCUGUAGAUAUGGCACGGAGUAGAGCAUCUGAAUGCCAGAAGCGUGUUCACGAUUUGAUAGAUCUGCAACUUUGUAGUCAAGGUGUUUUGAAUGCCAUUGAGGAAGAAGAUUAUGAAAAAGGAUCUGCACUUAUUGGACGCUUUUUAUCAAUUGAUCAGAAUGUUUUACGGCGUACAGCUGGUGACGUCGGAUCAAACGGUUCGGUUACAUCGGUAAGCGAUGCGGUCCAUACAUUGGAGAAGGCUACAGAAAAAAUGCGAAAGCUUGUUGAUAUCCGUUUUGUCGAAGCAGUUAAUAAAGAUGACUUAGCAUCGGUUGAACGUUUCUUAAAAUUAUUCCCAUUAUUAGGUAUGCAUCAGGAUGGUAUUGAGAAAUUUGGAAAGUACAUUUGUAUGAAAUUAGCGCAAAAAUGUGAAAAGGAACUGCGAUCAUCUUUGGAUAUUGCAAAGGCAGAGAACCGCUUAUCAGUGGCGUUUGCUGAUACAUUAACAACAUUGCUUGAAAAUUUCGCCAGAGUAAUUGAGGUGAAUAAACCUAUUAUAGAGACGUAUUAUGGAUCUGGUUAUCUUAUUAUCUUGGCCACAUUACUACAAAAUGAAUGUGAUUUAGAGGUGAAGAAUGUAAUUUUAGAAUUUAAUAAAAAUCGACGCAUUCCGGAUCUAAUUCAACAAAUCAACGAAUACAAUCGGUCAAUGGGUGGCAACAUGCCUUCGCUUAUUCAAUUUCAAAAACAAUCAUUAAACACUGAUAAACCACAACCAAAAGAUUUAGAUGCUUUAAUACUGGAAUUAACAAUAAUGCAUUCUCGUGUUGAAUUGUACUUCAGAUUUUUAAAGCGUAAAGUUAAAUCGGACAUUGAGGCAAGUGACAAAGACGCAAAUGAAAAAGAACAGCAAAUUCAACGUUUAUCAACCACACUAAAUAAUUCAGAUCUUAGCCGGAAAAUGCAGGAGAUAUUAAGCACUUAUCUGCUCUUCGAAAGGCAUUUCAUGGAAGAAAGUGUGUAUAAAGCUAUAAUUUUAGAUACAUUCGAGGUGGGUCAACAAUGUUCCUCUAUGGUAGAUGAUGUUUUCUACAUAUUAAGAAAAUGUAUUCGUCGAUCAUUAACAACACAAUCAGUAAAUGGAUUAUGUGCAGUAAUUAAUAACACCGCUUCCUGUUUAUGCAAUUUCAUAAGUGCAUUGAAAAUUCCAUUAAAAAAUGGGUAUCCUUCUGGAUACACAGAUUUGGCUUAUAGUGCAAUACAAAGUGCUGUGCAACAUGGCAAAUUGCAAUCAAGCGACAGUGAAAAAGCACGCAGCAAUUUUAUAAAUCGCUUAAAUAAUGCCGAUAUGUCAACGGAAUUCCUUGAAACAUUGUGGGAAACAGUGGAACAAGACAUUAAAAAUACAUUCCCCUCUUUAUCAGUUACAGAGCAGCGAAUCGUAGAUAGCUGCAUAGCUGAAUUAAGAAAUGUAAGAGAUACUUUGAAAGCCUGUGUGAAUUUCGGCAUGACACAACUGAGGUCCAGUGCAAUUAAACCUCGCUUAAAUCCUUGGAUUGAUCAAUUCUUCAAUUAUAGCCAUAUAUUAUCUGAAGAAGAACUAGCUGACUACGAAGCUGGAGAAACUUUUAUCCAAACUCUUAUUGUGCAACUCGAUGCGUUUUUAAGUCAAUUUAAAAAUGUACUAACACCACGAAAUUUUGACGCCUUUGUUAGCAUUUUGACAUCAGAUACAACAUCUAGACUGGAGAGAGCUAUCAAGAAAUCGUCAUUUAAUCGGCUGGGAGGUCUUAUACUCGACCAGCAAAUUCGUGCCCUCAGCUCAUAUUUAACUGGCGUCACAUCAUGGUCCGUGCGCGAUAAAAUGACACGUUUAACACAGAUAGCGACUAUUUUAAAUCUGGAAAAAGUUGAAGAGCUUUCAGACUAUUGGGGACCAGAUAGUGAAAAUGAGUCUCCUUCUUGGCGGUUAACGCCUCAAGAAGUGCGAACAUUAUUAGCAUUACGUGUCGAUUUUCGAAUAGAUGACAUUAAGCGCAUUAAAUUAUAAAUCCUUUAAAUAUCCAUAUGAUUAAAUACAUAUAUACAUAUACUUUA